UUUUGUUUUUUUUAUCAUGCAGUAGAUGCACUCUAGAAUUGAAAACACUUCCGUUUCUUUCAACAAAGGAGUAUACCCGUAUCACUGGAAUAAAGGAUGUCAGCUUUUCAACGCUUAGGUCGGACAAAAAGGUGGAAGACUUUUUUGACAACAUUAAUCCUAUUUUUGCUAGUGUUAAAGAGCAAUAUACUGUGUCGAUUUGUCUGUGUUUGGAACGAUGAAGGAAAGGAAGCAACAUCGUACAGUAUGGUACAAGCAUACGUAGAAAAGGGGCUUAUUAAAUAUAAUGCAGUGUCUGCUUCCUGUAAAGACCGUGGCAAAUCCCUGAAUUUGCUGAUAAUGAUACCAAGCCGGAUUACAAAUUUUAAGCAAAGAGCAGCCCUAAGGAAAUCUUGGCUUUCCACUACCAAAACAAAUAACACUGUACAUCAUAUUUUCGUUCUCGGAAAGAGUGAUAAUGCAUUUUAUAAUGACAUUGCAAGUGCAGAAAGUAACAUUUUCAACGAUAUAAUAAGUCUAGAUAUUACUGACACCAAUGAAAAUGAAACUUUGAAAUCCAUAGGUAUUUUGCAGUGGGCACAUGUGAAUUGUGCGCGCGUUACCUAUCUGCUUAAAAUAAAUGAUGACGUUUUUCUCAACAUUCAUAGUCUACUGAAGUACCUUAAUCGUACCAAACCGUUGAAUGCAAUUAUUGGAUGCAGACAGGAUCGAAUACAAAGGUUUCAUCUACCUUUCCUAAAGAAACGCGACAGUUCUUUCAUGAAUGUUGAUUUAACUCAUCCUGUGUAUAUCCGUGGUUCAGCGUACCUUAUUUCCGGAGACAUACUCUCCAAGCUGUACUUGGCCACUCAACGUGUUCCAGUGUUCCUUUUCGAGGAUAUUUAUAUCACUGGUUUGUGUAGGCAAUACAUUAAAGCUGAUGCCAUCGGAAAUUCAGGUUUCAGUUGUGGGUAUCGUGAAAAAGGACCAUGUGGAUCUAAUUUCCGGUAUUCCAUAACAGGCAAUCAGUAUCGCCCAGAAGAAAUUGUUCGUAUGUGGAAGGAACUUAAAGACAGAUGGUCAGACUGUCGUUUGCUUGAUAACUACUGGGUUUCACGUACUUUUGAUGUGUUGAGGAACAUGCUCUUUUAACGAUCUACAUGCACUGUUUUAAGGUAGCUCAUUACACUUAAAUUUCAUUUAAUGGUUCGUUAAAACACCUCUCAUGAUGUAUGAUUUCACCAUCGAAAGAGUGAUACAAGCUCUUAAUCAUUUCAUAUUUUCUUUUUGUGUGCGAUUUUCCGGACUGAUAAAAAAGGUGUAUUGUUUGCAAAUAAGAGAUUCUAGGGUCCAAAUUUUGCUGUGAUUUGGUGCAUGAUACGAAUAUGUAAUAAAAAAUGCCUAAAAGAUUCAGAUACAUCUGUACAUGUAGAAGCGUUCUAAAUUUUUAGAUUGAUUGAUUGUUUGUUUGAUGUUUUCCGCCACACUCAACAAUUUUUCAGUUAUCUGGUGGCGCCCAGUUUUUAUUGGUGGAAGAGAGAACCCAGAUACAAUGUACCUGGGAAGAGACCACCGACCUUCCGAAAGUAAACUGAGAAACAUUCUCACUUACUGGCGCGAGCGGGAUUCGAACCCGCGCCGACAGAGGUGAGAGGCCGAUGCUCUUACCACUCGGCCACUGUAAAUUUUUAGAAGAAAAUAUUCAUGAGAAUUGAAAACGUCAUUUGUUAAUUUUCUUUAAAUCUACGGAUAAAAUCUUCAAAAAUAUGCAAGUCGGAACAGAAAUAUAUCGAAGAAAUAUAUUAUAAAAAGAAAUGGAAACGAAAUGUCCAAAUUUUAGAUAUAAUCACUAUUUCCAAACUGAAGAAAAAAGUACCGAUCCCGAUCACAAUUGAUAGAAAUUACUAAAAUAAUCAUAUUGCUGCUAAUCGCUUGCACUGUUCAUCAAGAAAUUAGUUUUCCUUAUAAAGUCGUUUAAUUUGCAAAAAAAAAAUUACAUCAAGGGAAUGUAGUUUUCUGAUUGUAAUGUUCUCUAUGACUACUUUUUAUAAUUCCGAUCGGGCUUAGUUCAAAUUCGAAAAAUCGUAAUAUUUCUGAAUUUUGACCAUGUCAUUUCAAUUUCUUUUUAAAAUAUAUUUCUCUUUUUACUAAUUGACAUGUUUUUUGAAGAUUUUAUCAAUAGAUUAAAAAAAUAUUACAUGUAGAACGUUUUCAAUUUUCAUAAAUAUUUUUUAAUCUAAAUUAUUAGAACGUCUAUCUGAGUCGUUUAGGCAUGUUUUCUUAUAUGCAUGUACUCAUAUUGUGCAUCAAAUCACAGCAAAAUUUUAACUAUAUAGUAUCUUAUUUCCAAAUAAAGUACCGUUUUUAUCAUUCCAGGAUAAAUCACAAAAAAAUCAUAAAAUACUUGAGAGCUUGUAUCACUUUUUCGAUGGUGAAAUCAUACUUCAUAAGAGGUGUUUUAACGUGCCAUUAAAUAAAACUUUAGUACAAUGAGCUACCUUUAGUUAAUUAUGUCAGUAAUUAUAAGCAUAGUAAAUCAAAAAUUGUUUGAUGUUUAUUAUUUUUGGCAUGUCUGUUUGUCUGCAAUGUCAACCUAAAUGUCGGUAAAUGGCCUUGAAUUCCUACAAAAUGCAUGUAUCAACGCUUUAUUACACAUGAUUUAACCAUUUUAAUGGGUAUCGAGAUUCCUUCAUUUCUCGAGAGUUGGACUUUUCCUCUCAACAAUAACUACAUAUGCACAUGUACAGAGUGAUAAUACACGUACGACUUUGGACUUCAGUGAUCUGUGUAGAUGUACGUGCUCCCCUUACCGUUUAGUUCUUUAAAACAAUUUUGUUUGUACAAAUCGAAGAGAAGUGACGAUAGCAACAAGAAUGGCUUAAAACACUAUAACAUUGUUGAUUAAAAUCUUGGGCAACUUGGACAUAUUUGUUUGGAACAGAAGGGAAUCCCCCAAGUUUAUAGCAAACCAAUCAAAUUUUGGCCUUAGAAUUAUCUUUAAUCCGCAUUGACUAUUGAUGUCCACAUUUUUAUAACAUUCAAUUUGUCAAUGCUGUUGAAAAAUGAGACGACGGAGAAAUGCGCCUAUGUAAUACAUUUCAUUGCUUAAAUGUUGCACUCAUUUUGUAAAAAUACUCGUACAUGUAUAUGUGUGCAAGAAAAUAAGCAAACAUUUACUCAUAACUGAUCAAAAAUACCCCCAUUAUACACCCUAAAUCAAAGACUUUUUGAAUAUUUAAAGAAUGUUUUACUGGGGGCCCCCAGUGUACCCCUUACAAGUUAAGUUAAACUGGCUCACUGGGCGACUCCCCAGUUACCCCAGAAAAUUUUCACAUGCGGCCGAUAUUGUCCAUUUCAGUAUAUCCCGAAAGUGUCAUUGCUGUUAUAUGAAUAAAUUGGUAAUCGUU